AUGGAGGAUCAAGUGGACGAGCUGGUUGCGUUGUCCAAGUACCUAGGGUACUACAACAGCAAGUUGCCCAUUGCUCCCAAGCAUCUAGUUGGUCGCGUGCGAGGGGAUCCUGCAUUAACGGAAAAGCAAAACGAGGUCCGGUUCCGGGAAUGUUGUUUUAUACCCAUCUUCUAUGCCUGGCUUCAUUUCGGACGCAGUAUGUCUGGUAGUGUAGAGCAGACUUUGGGCGAACGGCCCGGUCCGAAGAAAGAGGAUGGUGAUGCAGGCACGUCAGAUGGAGUUCAGGUAUCGGACCGAGAGAGUGAGACCGAUGUCGACGCACACGCACACGCACACGCUCAACAGCAAGAGAUAUUGGUAGUGGAUGAGAAGAUUGGCGAGGAAAAGGACCGCGCAGAAGACGGGGUCCAGCAACUGCGGGAUUCGAGAGAUUCAACAAUCUCAACAUCGUCGUCUCGUGCAUCAACAGCGUCGGAGCAUUCCACCUCCACCACCACCACCACCGACCACCACGACCACAUCACAGCCACCAGCCAAUCACCCCCCAAACCACAACCAGUAUCUCUCUCAAGAACAUCCACUGUUCCCCCAGACCCCAUCCCCAUCCCCCGCCCCCACCGCCGCGGCCUCCUCUCCCACCUCACCCUCAUCCCCGAAAUCAGCCAGCCAACACACUAUCCCCGCCCCACAAAAUGGCUCAUAACCUCCCUCGUCGCUCUCUGUGCCAUGGCCGCCCCUCUCGGCUCCGCCAUCGUCAUGCCCGUCCUACAAGACAUUGCUGUGGCCCUGCACGCCUCGCAUACAAUCACCAACAUGUCCGUGGCCGUGUACAUGCUCAGCAUGGCCAUCUUCCCCCUCUGGUGGAGUAGUUUCUCCGAGCGCCUCGGCCGUAGAACAAUCUAUAUUGUCUCUUUUGCCCUGUUCAUCUUGUUCGCCGUGCUCGCCGCCCUGUCGUCUAAUAUCGCCAUGUUGAUCGUCACGCGCACGUUGAGCGGGGGCGCAGCGGCCAGCGUGCAGGCCGUGGGCGCAGGCACGAUUGCGGAUCUCUGGGAGCCCAAGGAGAGGGGCCGGGCCAUGGGGAUCUUCUAUCUCGGUCCGUUGUGCGGGCCAUUGUUUGCGCCAAUCUUGGGGGGUGCGCUGGGCGCGGGGUUGGGGUGGAGAAGCACGCAGUGGUUCUUGGUUGUGUAUGGCGGUGUUACGUUGGGGCUCAUCGUGUUUGCGCUGCCUGAGACGUUGCAAAGGGGGGAGAGGGAUGGGGUUGAGAACUUGCAACAGGGCAUCGCAAUUACGGCCAGCAGGAGCAGCAGUACACCCUACGACCCAGAAAACCCUCCAGCAACAGCAACAGCACCAGCACCGCCUAAAGCCCCCCACAACUCAACCCCCAAACCCCAUACCACCCUUACAACCCACCUCCGCCAAACCCUCCUCGACCCCCUACAAAUCCUCCUCUGGCUCCGCCACCCUCCCAUCCUCCUAACUGUCUACUAUGCCAGCAUAACUUUCGGCUCCCUCUACAUUCUCAACAUCUCCAUCCAAGCCAGCUUCUCACACGCCCCCUACAAUUUCUCCACCCUCAUCCUCGGUCUCCUUUACAUUCCCAACAGCGCGGGCUACCUGCUUGCCAGCUUCUUCGGCGGCAGAUGGCUGGACUGGAUAAUGGCACGCGAGGCGCGUAAGGCGGGCCGAUAUGAUGAGAGAGGUAGGUUGGUGUUGAGGCCGAUGGAUCGGAUGAGGGAGAAUGCGUGGGGGGCGGCGGCGGUGUGGCCGGUUGCGUUGAUGGUGUAUGGGUGGACGGUUUGGGCGGGUGUGAUUUGGAUUGUUCCCAUGGUGGCUAAUUUCUUCUUUGGUGUCGCCUCCAUGUUAAUCUUCGCCCUCGUCUCCACCAUGCUCACAGAAUUCCUCCCCCGCCGUGCCGCCUCCGGCAUCGCCCUCAACAACUUCGUCCGCAACAUCUUCUCCUUCACCGGCGCCAUGGUUGCCGAGCCCGUCAUGAGCGCCAUAGGAAACGGUUGGCUGAUGACGAUUCUGGGGGUGUGGAGUUUGGUGACCGGGUUUGCAGCGUUGGCGGCGAUGCGGAGGUGGGGGGAGAGAUGGAGAGUGGAGUUGGAGGGGGCGUUGGGAUAA